UUUUACGGAAUUAAAAUUUUUACGUUGCACCAAAAAACAAAACCCCUAAAUGUAUUUAUGUCGAGAAAAAAACAACAAGAAAAAAACCAACAACAGUACGUAGCCUACGUAGUAGGCCCAGAGGUUGUGUGAAACGACUAGGUCUGUGUAUAUAGGACUGGGUCCAGGCUAAAUAGCCUAAUGAAUAACAACAUGUAUUUAUAGAUUGCAGAACGUGUAACCUAUUAACAGACCCCUUUUGGAUGGUUUCCAACACAUGGCGACGUGGGAUCCGUCGGUUCUCUGCGGUUGUUAAAGUGUAUUUCCUAGGUCGUCAGUAGACCCUGCCCUCCGUAUAUCACUGUAUUGACGUGUUGUUAGCAAAUGGGAGCAGAAGGGCCGAUCCUUCGCCUGGAGACGUUAUUCUGACUACAGGGUUGAUCCUUCGCCUGGAGAGGUUAUUCUGACUACAGGGUUGAUCCUUCGCCUGGAGAGGUCAUUCUGACUACAGGGUUGAUCCUUUGCCUGGAGAGGUCAUUCUGACUACAGGGUUGAUCCUUUGCCUGGAGAGGUCAUUCUGACUACAGGGUUGAUCCUUUGCCUGGAGAGGUCAUUCUGACUACAGGGUUGAUCCUUUGCCUGGAGAGGUCAUCCUGAUUACAGUUGCCACUUCUUGCCAAAAUCUUCAGGGUUUAAAGACUCGAUCACUGCGACUACAUUUAUACACAUUACUCUGUUUUCUCCAAUCGAGACACGGAUCCCGAUGUUCAAUCAGGAUUCAGGAAUACUUCCACAUCUAACAUUGAAAGGAGAUACUUCGUGAACUGUUUGAUAUUUCGGUCUGAUCUGACUACCGAAGCAUGGUUGAUGACACCAGUUUAGCAACUAAAUCUGCUUUGCAAGCAGUUUUCUCCUCGACCUGCAACCUCCCCCUGCUCGUCUCCUCUGCCUCGACACACAGCCACUUCCCCGGUUCACACUCACAGUCCGACCAGCCCAACGGCGGAGGCAUGAAGCUAGAGGCGGUCAUGGAAAACCUCCAAAGACAGCAGGCUGCCCGCCUGGCGCUAGAAGAGAAGCUCCGUCAGGCGGAGAAAGAGAAAGACCUCCGCUCCAUGGUCGAGUCCCAGAUCCAUCAACAAGCCCUCGCCUUCCGCCACUACCAGGCAGCGGUCCGUGGCGCUUUCGCUGCGGGAAUAGCGAACUCUUCUCUCGGGUUGGUGAGCUCCGCUGAACGGGAACUGGCUCUCCCUCACAGUCUUGACGCUCGCAGGCACUCGGCCAAAGCCGACUCCGAUAUGGACGAUGAUCCAGAGGGCAUGGACCGAGGUAUAAAUGAUGACAACAGGGAUAUGGAUGGAGAUGGCAUGGACAACGAGGGAAUCGUGGACGAUGAGGAGGACAUGGAGGGGGCUCUCAGCCACUACCAGCCCCGCCACCCCAUGCACCCCGGGGCGGGAGACUCGCCAAAGGACACACUUGUACAUCUCAUGUCCAGAACCCCUCCGUCUUUCGCUGCGCCCCGGCAGUCAGAGACCCCGGGCGGGAUGGCACCACAGUCUCAGCAACACGAAUGGACUUACGACGAGCAAUUCAAACAGUCAGGACAAAGCAGUUCGCCAGAGAGGAAGCUGGGAAAUUCAAGUGUCGGUAUCGGUGGCGGCUCCUCGUCGCUGAUUCAGGAGUUGUACGAGUUGGACGAUGAGGUCAAGAGGAAAGAGUUUCUUGAUGACCUCUUCAGUUUUAUGCAGAAGAGAGGGACUCCAGUGAAUCGUAUUCCUAUCAUGGCCAAGCAGGUGUUGGAUCUGUACACGCUCUACAAGCUGGUCACAGAAAAAGGCGGCUUAGUGGAGGUCAUCAAUAAGAAAAUAUGGCGUGAGAUCACCAAAGGCCUCAACCUCCCUACCUCCAUCACCAGUGCAGCGUUCACCCUGCGAACACAGUAUAUGAAGUACCUCUACCCUUACGAAUGUGAAAAGAGGGGUCUGAGCUCCCCCGGAGAGCUCCAGGUAGCUAUCGACAGCAACCGCCGUGAGGGACGUCGUCAGAGCUACGGGUCGGCCAUCUUUAACUACUCUCCAGUAGGGACUCCCUCCAUCCUCUCCUCCCCCAAGAUGAGCAUGUCUCACCUGGCCAUGUCCACCUACAACGGAGUACACCUGACCCAGGGACACAACAUCAAGAAAGAGGACGGCCUGAUGUCGGGAGGUCUGCCGGGCCGUGUUGGGGAGAUGUCUCUGGGAGGGCACCAUGGGGCGGCUGCAGCGUUGGAGCAGCUGAGGGAGCCGCCGGAGAGCGGGGAGCCGCCGGAAAAGAAGAGGAUGUCGAUGGAUCAACAGAGGCUCAUGCAGCAUGCGCUGCAGCAGAACCUCCUCGCCAUGGCAACGCAGCUGCCCAUCAAGUUAAACAACGGAGAUGACAGACAAGAGACUCCAUUGAACCUGUCUACCAGCGGCAUUAGCAGCAUCAACGUGUCAAUAGAAAUAGAUGGAGUUGUCUACACAGGUGUUCUGUUUGCCAAGAAGCCCUCCCUCCCCAUGAUGCUGGGUGGUCACCAGUUCCAGAACCACACCUCCUCUCAGGGAAAGACCAGUCUGGGGCUGAACUCCUCCUGCGUACAGAUCCAUCCGUCCUGCUGCUCCUCCUCCUCCUCCACGUCCUCCACAUCCUCGGUCCACAGACCCAGAAACUCCUCCCCCUGAUCUGAGUCCCACCCACAGCCCCACCAACUCACUCUAAACCCCGCCCCUAUCCUCCCCCAAAGACAGCACACGGUCUGAGAUACCAGGAUGAAAGACUUGUGUUGUUUUUCCCCCCUCCUCCUCCCUUUUUCUCGAUUUCCCUUAUCCCAGUUAAAAUAAUAAUAAACAAAUAUUUACAGAGGAAAUACUUCUGUAGGAAAAGAACAAGAAAAGGCUCUCCUUCUAUUCUCUCUCCUCCGAACUCUGCACCCAAUGGUAUGUAGAGGACCUCUGAACCCAAUGGUAUGUAGAGGACCUCUGAACCCAAUGGUAUGUAGAGGACCUCUGAACCCAAUGGUAUGUAGAGGACCUCUGAACCCAAUGGUAUGUAGAGGACCUCUGAACCCAAUGGUAUGUAGAGGACCUCUGAACCCAAUGGUAUGUAGAGGACCUCUGAACCCAAUGGUAUGUAGAGGACCUCUGAACCCAAUGGUAUGUAGAGGACCUCUGAACCCAAUGGUAUGUAGAGGACCUCUGAACCCAAUGGUAUGUAGAGGACCUCUGAACCCAAUGGUAUGUAGAGGACCUCUGAACCCAAUGGUAUGUAGAGGACCUCUGAACCCAAUGGUCUGUAGAGGACCUCUGAACCCAAUGGUAUGCAGAGGACCUCUGAACCCAAUGGUAUGUAGAGGACCUCUGAACCCAAUGGUAUGUAGAGGACCUCUGAACCCAAUGGUCUGUAGAGGACCUCUGAACCCAAUGGUAUGUAGAGGACCUUUGAGCCCUGUCUGUGUGUAUGUAGAGGACCUCUGAACCCAAUGGUAUGUAGAGGACCUCUGAACCCAAUGGUCUUUAGAGGACCUCUGAACCCUGUGGUAUGUAGAGGACCUUUGAGCCCUGUCUGUGUGUAUGUAGAGGACCUCUGAACCCAAUGGUAUGCUGAGGACCUCUGAACCCAAUGGUAUGCAGAGGACCUCUGAACCCUGUGUGUGUGUGUGUAUGGAGGACCUCUGAACCCAAUGGUAUGCAGAGGACCUCUGAACCCAAUGGUAUGCAGAGGACCUCUGAACCCAAUGGUAUGUAGAGGACCUUUGAGCACUGUAUGUGUGUAUGUAGAGGACCUCUGAACCCAAUGGUAUGCAGGGGACCUCUGAACCCAAUGGUAUGUAGAGGACCUUUGAACCCAAUGGUAUGCAGAGGACCUCUGAACCCAAUGGUAUGUAGAGGACCUUUGAGCCCUGUCUGUGUGUAUGUAGAGGACCUCUGAACCCAAUGGUAUGCAGGGGACCUCUGAACCCAAUGGUAUGUAGAGGACCUCUGAACCCAAUGGUAUGCAGAGGACCUAUGAACCCUGUGUGUAUGCAGAGGACCUAUGAACCCAAUGGUAUACAGACGACCUCUGAACCCAAUGGUAUGUAGAGGACCUUUGAACCCUGUCUGUGUGUAUGUAGAGGACCUCUGAACCCAAUGGUAUGCAGAGGACCUCUGAUCCCAAUGGUAUGUAGAGGACCUCUGCACACAAUGGUAUGCAGAGGACCUAUUUACCCUGUGUGUAUGUAGAGGACCUCUGCACCCAAUGGUAUGCAGAGGACCGCUGAACCCAAUGGUAUGCAGAGGACCGCUGAACCCAAUGGUAUGCAGAGGACCGCUGAACCCAAUGGUAUGCAGAGGACCGCUGAACCCUGUGUGUACACAGUUGGAGUCAGCUGUCUUCUGUCCUGUGUGUACACAGUUGAAGUCAGCUGUCUUCUGUCCUGUGUGUACACACAGUUGAAGUCAGCUGUCUUCUGUCCUGUGUGUACACAGUUGAAGUCAACUGUCUUUGUGUUUUAGUUGAGACCAGCUGCUCAGUUUGGAGCAGUGGUAACAUAUAGGUACAAAUAUAUGGUGACACAUCAUUGGUCCCAAGGAACUGUGGGACAAAGACACUGGGAGACAUGUUGGCUUUCUGUCCGUUUCAUCCAUCUGAAGAGGAGAUGCUUGACCCUCGUAGCUCAAGAGAGAAGCGCUUGUCAAUGUGUAGUAAGGUUUGUUUGAUGACCUCUACUAGGCAUUGUAGCUCAUAUUAUUGCUGCUUUUCCCCUGAUAACCAAAGAAAAACAAGAGUAACCAAUGAAAAGAAAGUAGAAGCGUAAUAAACUAUAGUAUGCACGGCACAGAUUCAAUAGUGGGCUGGACAGCAGUCGAAGCUUUGGCACCAAAGAUCACGUUGUGACUAUCAACAAAGGCACAUCUCUCAGAAUCAGGGCCAUAUUUCCUCCUGUUCGUUCAGAGAGGAAAAUACCGUGUUGUCUAUUGAAGAUCUGAUCGAUCAAUUCCGCUCAUCAUUGCCAAUGUGCUUGCUGCUCCAAUGCUGCAGGACAAAAAAGGAAGAGUCAAGACAUGGGGUUAUUUUAUGCCUUUGUCAGUGAAGUGGUGUAAACCACAUGGACCAGUAGCCUGCAGUAUUGCUCUACUUUGAGUUGCGGGCAGUGUUUUUUGUUGUUGUUACCUUUAUUUUACUAGGCAAGUCAGUUAAGAACAAAUUCUUAUUUUCAAUGACGGCCUAGGAACAGUGGGUUAAUUGCCUGUUCAGGGGGCAGAACGACAGAUUUGUACCUUGUCAGCUCGGGGGUUUGAACUUGCAACCUUCCGGUUACUAGUCCAACAUUCUAACCACUAGGCUACCCUGUCUCUUACCCUUUUCAGAUGUGGCUCUGAAGAGAUUACGUGAUGGCUCAUAUCGCUGGUGAACUGACCACUGAAUUGGGUAGAACACUUCAACAUGUGACCCUGCAGAAGGAGGGUAAAACACAUGUGGUUAGCUAUGUUGGUGAGACAAAGAGAAUAUGUGGUUUCAACAGCAGAACAUAUCGAGACGAAAGGUACUAAUCCGAUCACCAAUGGCUUUAUCUUAUGACUAGUAUCCACACUUAUUUUUUUUUUAGUAAUACACUUUUCUAGCAUUGUAGAGCUUGUCCCUACUCACUCUUUGGUUCUCUCUCUCACUCUUUGGUUCUCUCUCUCUCUGUCUCUCUCUCUGUCUCUCCCUCCCUCUCUGUCUCUCUCUCUCUGUCUCUGUCUCUGUCUCUCUCU